AGCUCCACCUCGCUCUCCUUUCCGGGAUUUGUAGUCUUUCGCCUGGAGAACGCCGCCGCGUGUUAUAAAGGCCUUUGUGGGAGUAAAACUACAGUUCCCUCUGCGCUCCUCGAAGGUGUUAGUUGUCAAUAUGGCUGUUGUCAGACAGACAAAGCGGAGAGGCAAAUAAUUCGCCUCUGAUUAGAAAUCCUUGGAAAAGGGUCGUGCAGGGCACUGCCAUCAAACUGCGUUAUAAUUCGGCAGCAGUAAAAGACACCGCUUGACUUGUGCGUUACUUUUAAAGUUAAAUGGUGAAGUGGGCUAUUUGAACCGAGCAGCAGCAGCAGGAUGUCCGACUUCAGCGAGGAGCCGCGCUUCACCAUCGAGCAGAUAGACCUGCUGCAGCGGCUGCGUCGCACCGGCAUGACGAAGCAGGAGAUCCUGCACGCGCUCGACACUCUGGACCGGCUGGACCGGGAGCACGGCGACAAGUUCGGCCGCCGCACCUCUUCCUCCUCCUCCUCGUCCACCUACCUCGUAGGCGGGGCCAACAGCUCCGUCGCCAAAACAACCGCCACAUCCUUCAACAAUAACGCCACUGCCUCGGCAACAACCACCACCACCUCUUCCUCCUCGGCGACGUGCAACGGCGGCGAAGGCGGCGACCACUCCUCCUCCUCCUCCCUCGUCGUCGCCGCCGCCGUCGCCUCGUCCACCACCUCCAAAAUCUCCACAGCCACGCAAACGCAGUUCAACAACAGCGGCGGGGGGCUGUCCCCGUCGCCCAGCAACAGCUACGACACGUCCCCGCCCCCGGGGCCGCCACCGCCCUCAGCCGUGCUGCCGUCGCCCGUGGCGCUGGUGGCGCUGUCGCAGAACGGGCGGGACAGCCUGGCGGCCACACCCAACGGGAAGCUGUCCCCGCCUCGCUACCCGGUGAACAGCGCGGCGGCGUCCAGGGCGUUCGGCUUCGAAGCUGCAGAAGAAGACCUGGACGUGGAUGACAAGGUGGAGGAGCUGAUGAGAAGGGACAGCAGUCUGGUGAAAGAAGAGAUCAAAGCUUUCCUGGGGAACCGGAGGAUUUCUCAGGCUGUCGUGGCUCAAGUGACCGGCAUCAGCCAGAGCAGGAUCUCUCAUUGGCUGCUGCAGCACGGCUCCGACCUGAGCGAGCAGAAGAAGAGGGCUUUCUACCGCUGGUACAUCCUGGAGAAAACCACGCCAGGUGCCACUCUGAACAUGCGGCCAGCGCCGCUGCCUCUGGAGGAGAUGGAGUGGAGGCAAACCCCGCCGCCCCUCGCCACCGCCCCCGGAACCUUCCGGCUGCGCCGGGGAAGCCGCUUCACCUGGAGGAAGGAGUGCCUGGCUGUGAUGGAGAGCUACUUCAAUGACAACCAGUACCCAGAUGAAGCCAAAAGAGAGGAGAUAGCCAACGCCUGCAAUGCUGUUAUUCAGAAACCAGGGAAGAAGCUGUCUGAUCUGGAGAGGGUGACCUCCCUCAAAGUCUACAACUGGUUCGCUAACCGGCGCAAGGAGAUCAAGAGACGAGCUAAUAUUGAAGCAACAAUCCUGGAGAGUCAUGGGAUAGACGUUCAGAGUCCGGGUGGACACUCCAACAGCGACGACAUCGAUGGGAAUGACUUUGCAGAGCAGGCCUGUGACCUGCCCUACUUCGACAAGAGACCUCUCAGCCGACCGUUUGGCCUUUACCGCCUGGAGCCCACCUCACCUACACAGGACGACAGCGCGGCUCACAACGAGCAUCAGGACCCCAUCUCUCUGGCCGUGGAGAUGGCUGCCGUCAACCACACCAUCUUGGCACUGUCCAGAACCGGAGGCGUGCCCAACGACAUCAAGACCGAGUCCCUGGAGGAUGAAUGAAGCGCUCAGGAAUCGGGACGGAGCGAGAACAAAGCCCAGUCGAGACGGGGGACGACAGGGAGCGUUUAAAAAGACAAGGAAAAAAAAAAGACCAAAAUAAUCCGACUUAGUAAAAUCGUCUCCGCUCCUCCCAGAACUUCCACGUAAAACAGUGAUUACCCCCAACACUCCUCCCCCCUCCUCACCCUAUUUUACUCACUAUACCGACCCACCUGACAGACAUUGCUACUGUAGGCUUUGUGACAGAAGAAGCAGCAGCCAGUUGUGAACCUCCCGCCUAACGGUGGCUCCUCUCUGGGACCGGGUCUCCCAGGAACUCCUCUCCCUUCCCAAAACAGGAUACCUCUUCUUCUUCUUCAGUUUGUCUCUCCUCUUCCUUCCCUCAGCAGCCUGGUCGUCUGAGCCGAUCCUCAGUCUCUCACCUCAACCUCAGAGAAGAAAAAAAAACGAUGCACUGUGUAUAUAUAGCGGACUUCUAAAGGUUCUCAGUCACCCUCACCUCAUGACAUACUACCUACACCCUCAGAUUCACCUCUUCUCAGUGCAGAGCAUCAGAAGAGGAGCCGUCCGCUGAUGAAGAGUGCUUCCUCCUCUUCCUCUCCGGCUCCGAGGUGGUCGGCAGGGAUCGUUUGACCCUCGGCGUGGGUCCAGUCAGUCUCUUGCCGAAGUUCUGCUUUCCUUUCCCUCGCAGUUGCGCUGCUACAUUCGAUUGACGCCAAACCAACUUUGCAAAAUGUCUGUUAAAAGUAGCCUUACCUCCCCUCAGCUGGUUCUUCAUAUCCCACCGUUCCAAAAUCUGCACAGUUCAAGUUUCUACCCAACAGCAGCUGCAGCAGGGUUUUUAUUUUUAAUCUCUUGUUAGACUCCCCUCAGAGUCAUUGAGGAUGAAUCAACCUCCCUAAGAUGUCCAGUAAGGGAACAGUUGCUUUGUUUUCCAUGUCAUCCAUGCCAAAGGAAGUGGCUCUGUGCUGAGUGAACCCAAAGUGACCUCUAACUCCUUUGGUGUCGAUUCCUCCUCAGUGUUCAGUGAAGCCUCUCCAGCUGCAGUAGCUCCACACUACAGCAGGCCUGUGUCUGGACUGGUAGGUAUUGGCAGGCACUUAUAUUAUACCCCUAAGCUAUUUACUACUUCUGUGACGCUGCCUCUUUAUAAUGAUAAUAAUGUAAGCUAUGUGCUUUUUUUUUUAUAUAUACAGCAGAUAUUAAAUUAGACUGAAUCCACACUGGAGAUAAAUAUCAAAGAACUCUACAAACGUCUGUUUUUUUUUUUUUUUUCCUAUUUCACCUAUAAAUAACCUCAAAGGGAAGCGUUGAAGGGAAUCAGUCACUUCAGGUGUCUUGGUUUCUUCUUGUCCUCAAUGAAAGUUCUCCAAACCCUGGCUGUAGAUGAGCCUAGCUUCCUCUCUACUUUAGAUGUAUUAUAUUGUGGCAAGAAGUCGGGGAAACCCGCUAGCCUGGCUUUGUCCAAAAAUUGCUCCUAGUGUUGAUAAAUGAUUGGGUUGUCCAAAGGACAGGAAGUGGUGCAAAACUUCCCAUGAUUGACGGUUUGAGUCUCUACACUACGGUUUAGCCUCCAUCAUUCACUGCACCACAGCUCCAUCUUGGGGUUCAAAUGGAGUUGGUAAAUUCCUACUUCCUGGUUGGGGGGGG